AUGCAUUCCAACCGAGUCCUAGAGACACCUCUCCUGCUCUCGAGUCACCUCUCCCACCGCCUCCCCUCCAACCACUCCGUCUACCUCAAGCUCGAGAACCUUCAACCUUGUCACUCUUAUAAACUCCGCGGCCUCUCUCACUUUGUUCAGCACCAACUUUCCAUCCACGGCCCUUCCCUGCACAUUAUCUGCGCUUCAGGUGGAAAUGCAGGUCUCGCAGCAGCAUGUGCAUCUCAAAGUCUAGGCGUCAAGUGUACCAUAUUCUUGCCGGAAGGUGUGGCACCCUCCACGCGUGACUUUUUAAAGAGAUUGUGCGCACACUUGGUCGUCGUAGGCAAUUUCUACUUGGAGACGCUGAGGGCGGCCGAAGGCGCAGUCAAGAAUGACGAGAGUGCAGUUCUAGCCCCCGCAUACGAUGAUCCUAUCGUUUGGGACGGUCACUCGUCCAUGAUCCACGAGAUAAAGCAACAGCUACCUUUAGGAAAGAAACCACACGCUAUAGUCUGCAGCGUCGGCGGAGGUGGACUGCUCGGAGGAAUCAUAGUUGGCUGCAAGAACGCAGGCUGGGACGAUGUUCCAAUAAUUGCCCUCGAGACCCAUGGCGCCAACUGUUUCCUCGAAUCUAUGUCGGCCAAUCGUUCUGCCUCCGUAUGUGCGGAGAAUAACACCAAUAUCACUAUCAAACAAGACCCGAUACAUAACGUCAAACUCGCUCACAUCCACCAUCUCACCUCAAAAGCGUCCUCACUCGGUGCUUCGGAGCCCGCGGCAGGAGUCGUAAAAAUGGCUCUAGAAAGGAAAGGACGUGUUACUUGUGUUUCGAUCCCUGACGAGCUCGCGAUGCAGACUGGGAGGCUGUUUGCCGAUGAUCACAAAAUGCUCGUCGAGCUUGCCUGCAGCACGACUCUCGCGCCCUUAUACUCGCCCACCCUCGUCUCUCACCUCUUUCCUCCCUCGUCGACGGAAACCGAUGCACUCAUCUUCAUAGUCUGCGGUGGGUUCAAAGUCUCAAACGUCGAGAUGGCGGAAUAUGGUCGCAUUGUGGCGGAAAAUGUGGCUAAAGGUGGAUCGUGGCAGGUGAGGAUCGACCAGCAAACUCUGGGUGUGCUAAAGGAGGAGGUAGAGGCAUGACAGCUCUUGACAUUGUAUGUAGAAUUACAUAGAGGUUUGUUUCGAAAGGCGAAUGACGAAAUAGCAGUGGCGUAAAGCG